CACGUGAACGCCGCAUUUCUAUCCGGGGAGCCUCCAGUCCUGCUGCGACGAUCCUGUUAAUUACAGUCAUUUGUUUCUUCUUGCAUCAUGAAGUGUCUUCCAAGGCUGGAAUCCUGCCUUUUUUUCUAAAAAAUAGCCGACUAUAGUUGUAUUUUUUUUUCUUUCCUUUUCUGCGUGGCCUGUUAAGACAAGUAAGCGGUUCAUAGUUAUGUCAAAAUGCCUACAGAAGUGAAGCAGAGAAAAAAGACGCAGCAGGCACCAAAGCUCGGGGGGGAACCAGCAGAAACUUUGCCUGCAAACGGAAAAAAUGAACCUCACAAAGCCAAGACUGAGGAUGGAGACACCGAGGGGACAAAUAAAAGGUCUGCAGGGCCUGAUGUUAAAACUCUGCUGUGUUUCUUGUCGCUUGCAGCCUGCGGAGCUCUGAGCUGGGUGGUGCUGCAGCAGAAUGAGAGGUUUUCCCUCAUUGAGGAAAAGUACAAGUCCCUCCACGGAAAAACCUCCGGCCUGUUGGACAUGGAGGAGAAGAUAGUCACAGUUUCCAGAAAGCUUGCCGCCUCCGAGGACGACGUACAGGCGGCGCUCUCCUCCGUUUCCCUGGCAACGAGACUGCAGCAGGACGUCUCCGCCCUACACGCGACCAUCAUGGCGAUGCAGGACGACGACGACUCGGCCUCCCGCGAUCUGCAGACGGUCAACGCCCGCUUCCUCAACGUCACGGAGACGUGGCAGGAGAGGCUGGCGGCCGUCACCUCCGACCUGGCCGCCCUGAAAGCCGAGGCCCGGGACUCUCACGCCGGGGCGAUGGAGCAGGUGAACGAGGCCGAGCGGAGGGCGGGGUCCCUGGCGGAGAGGCUGGAGGAGCUGGAGGACAGCACGAGGAGGAACGCCCGCGCCCUGGAGCGCACCGAGGUGGACGACACCAAGCGGGUGCAGGAGCAGCUGGACUGGAACACCAAGCAGAUCCACAAGCUGGAGGAGCAGGUCCGCAGUCUGACCAAGAGGGAGUCGGAGCUGAGCUAUCAGCUCCAGGAGCACGUUCCCCGGGCGCAGGCCUGCGAGGAGCACCUGCCGCAGGUGGAGGCGGCGGUGCGCUCCAUCCUGAAGCUGAGCGGCGACCUGAGCGGGGCGGAGAAGAGGCUGGAGGAGCUGACGCUGCAGGUGUUCGGCACCGAGGACAGCAUGCUGAAAGCGCUGAACGAAAUCCUCGACAUCAGGCAGGAGCUGGACACGCUGCACGCCCAAAACAGCAUCCUCAGGAUGAAGGACGAGUUGUCAGUGGUUAAAGAGGCGGUCCAUGAACUCACCUCCAUUUUGAGGGAGAAUAGGGCUGAGAGCCAAGUGGACUCUUGGGACGAAGAAGGAUGGACUGAUGAAGUGGACGAGCCUUGGCCGGAGGAUGAACUAACCGAACCUCUCCAAGACGACCUGGAGGAAUGAGCUCAUUGUUCUUAAACAGUUAAAAGGAGUCACCAUGUCUUCUCUUACUGCUCUGUUAAUGGGCUUUUAAGUUCAGUUUUUGUUAAAUUUGUACCUCAGUUUCAUGUCAGAAUAUGAGGACCAUCGUUACUCAGAAGU